UUGAACUUGCCACAUCCAAAGACUAUUAUUAUGUCUCCUCGACGCGAACAACCACCUUUCACUAGAUCAGUUGGGAGGGGAAGAGGUCGUUUCCAACGUCGUCAGUUAGGUGCAAUAGAGGAGGAAUCGACUGCAUCCACCAUUCGGGCAGCACCUGCUGCUGAACAAACCGAGACUCCUCCACAUCCUCCACCUCCUCUGCCACUUACUAGUAUUCUUGCUAUGCCUCUUGAGGCAGUUCAGGCAUUAGCAGCCUUCUUUACUGCUAUUGCUGGCCAGGCUCAGGCUGGUCAAGCUCUUCCUACAGUUCCUCUGGCUGCUCCUUCAGUACCACCAUCCCCACCUCCUGUCCCACCACCAGUGCUGGAUGUUUCUGAUUCUAAGAAGCUUAAAGAGGCUAGGCAACAUAGUUGUGUUUCUUUUAUGGGUGAGUCGGACGCAACCGUGGCUAAAGAGGUGGUGCGAAUGGCUUUAAGAGCUGAGAAGCUUGCGAAUGAAAAUAAGAGUCUGCGAGCUGAGUUAGCAAAAAGGAGAAAUCUAAGUGUAUCUUCUAGUCAGCCACCAAACAGGGGCAAAAACUCCUCUGUUUCAGGAAGUUCACGUAGAUGCAGAAAUUGUGGGAAUUAUCAUGUUGGGCCGUGCAGAGGGCCUGCACGAUGUUUUCAUUGUGAUCAACUGGGUCACAUUAGGAGAGAUUGUCCACAGUUAGGACGGGCUACGGUAGCUGCUCCAUCUCCACCAGCUCAUACGGAUAUACAGAGGAGAGAUUCCUCUGGAUUGCAACCGAGACAGGGAUGAUUUUGACAUACCACCAAGGGUAGAUUAAAUAAGUUGAAAUUAGUGCUCUAAUAAAGUACGUAUGAUAGAAAGCUAGUUUGUAAGUUGUAGUUUUCAUGAUCAUGAAAUAUAUAAAGAUUAUCAAUAUAUGGACAUACAUUUGGAGUUGUAAUUUACAAGUUUGAAGUAUUUAAGAUAUGAUUAAAUGGAAUUAGCAUUAGUUAGGGUACGUAAAUCUUUUAAUUAAUUUCUAUGGAGUAUCCAUGAUAGUAGAAUGGAGGAACAUCGUGCAGUGAUGCUAUAUGGUGAAAUCACUAUACAAUAUGGAAAGGGUAUUUUCGAGUGGGAUUUAUUGACUGAUGAUAAGUGAUGAGCAAUUUGAGAUACAUGUAGCUAUGAAUAAAUUUGGAGAUCUUUGCUUAAGCAAACUCGUAUUAAAUGUUAUGGUAAAGAUAUAUGAAUGCUAGUGGCAAAAAAAAAAAAACGUUAAAUCAAUGUUUUGAUUUCACACUUGUGAUAGAAAGUUAGUCUUGCUAAUUGUGGUAUAGACUCGAAGGGAAGCCACACGAUUGUGAAUAAUUGAGGUAGUAGCUUUAAAGGUGGAAGAGUUGCUAAGAUAAAGUGAAUUCAAACCGUUGCAACGCCACAGUACUGACUAUCAAACGCUGUCACGUUAAGAACCCCUAAUGGCUAGAAAGCAGAGCAAAUUGAGAGUGGCAUGAAGAUGAAACACACGAGUUGAAGAAUGGUCAUUGGUUUUCAUGCUAAGCUUUGUUGUUUGGAGUCUUAAGUGCAUUGGGAGGUAUUAAG